CAUAAUUCAUAGGACUACUAAUAAUAAUAAUAAUAAUGUCUUUCCUAUGUGUCUCUUUUCUCUCACAACCUUCCCAAAUCACCGUCUUAACUCCACAUGUUCACAACAUGGUUUCUUAAUUUCUUUGUUCAUGUUGGUCAUGUUCUAUUAGAAUCUUGUUGGGAUAAUAAUACAACAAACUUCAUUUUUUUGGGGUCAGUUUCUACUUUCUACUUUCUACUUUUUUAUUUAGUACAAUUAAGGUUGUUUUCUAUUGUGCUGGAUGAUUGUGAUGUGAAGCCAUGUGGACAACCCUUCGAUUCUGAAAUUAUGUCUGCUUAUGGACAUGAACAUAUGUAUUCUACAAGGAGUCUCUCAGCUGGUUCUGAGAUGAGGAGUAGUUUUGUGCUGGAAUCAGGAUUCUACAUCACAUCAUUUUCUGCAACAAUCUUCAUUGCUGGAUUUGCAGCUCUUGGACUUUUAUUAAUCACUUUAUUGGUUUCAAUGGCAAUGAUGCUACAAUCAUGUCAAAACAACAAUGCUGGAAUUAUUGAGCUAAGGAAUAUAAAUGAUGACUAUAGUUAUUGCAAAAUUCAAUCUCUACAUGCUAAGCUCAAUAAUUUGGAACAACAUAAUGUUCCUAACAUUUGUAAGGACCUAGCUAUACAAUAUAUCAAAGGUGGUCACUAUGCUAGAGAUUUGGAUUUAACCAAAUCUGUGAUUGAAGAUUACUUCAAUGGUGUUAAACCAUCAGAUGAUGGUUUUGAUGUGGUGUUGAUUGACAUAGAUGGAAUUUUUCCAUGGAAUUCAAAUUCAUCCAAUUUAUUUCAAAGCACCAUUAGCAAUUGUACCUUAGAGGCAAAGAAGUUAAAGCUCAUGCUUAUGUUAAGAUUAUACAUGAACCUUCAAGCAAGUGGUUGGUCUAUAAUUUUGUUAUCAAGAGAAGCAGUUAAAGACCAAAAUGUCACCAUCAAUCAUCUUGUUGAUGCUGGAUUUAGAGAUUGGUCUUCAUUGAUGAUGAGAGAUGGUGAAGAUUCUACCAAGAGAAAUGAAUAUUUUUCUAAGCAGAGGAAUGUGAUAGAGACGAAGGGAUUAAGAAUAAAAAGUAUCAUAAGCAGUUAUGUGGAUGUUUUGACUGUUGCUGAUGCAGAUACAGGAAUACAUAAAUUUUUGUUACCAGAUCCUAUAUGUGACAUGUUUGGAAAUGGAUUUACUGACGCAUUUGCAGUUAUAAGCCGUCCAAUCUAAAUCAAUGAAAUAAGAUCAUUUAGCUGUGUAUUUUAAUCUCAACCGUCUGAUCUAAAUUCAAUACUAAGAUUGAUAGCUGUGAAAAACUGCUACAACAGUGAAUCCGGGUCCGACAUGUUUGAUCCUCAAAGGAGUGCAUAUAUAGAUUGUGGACAUUAGUUUCAGCCUAAAGAGUUUUUGGUUCGACUAGUAUUUUUUUGUAAAUUUAAAAAAGAAUGUGUAUCUUGCUUUGUUCAUAUAUGUGAUCUUUCAAGGAUAUGAUCUAAUUUCAUGUCAGCCAAACCACAAGAGGUGUGUUUGU